AUGUCCACAAGGAAACACAUGGGCAAACUGAGGUUAUUCCAGCAGAACACACCACCAUCAGGAAGCCCAGGCUGUAUUCUUCCAACCGUCGCUCCAGCAAAUCCCCCCAAAGAGAAUGGCUGGGGGGAGAUAAACAUCAAAGGGAAAUUCAAGAAAUCUACACAUCCUUCCGUGAACCCGGUCUCCAUCCUCUCUCUGCCGUUGCCAGAGCUCUCCAAGAAGCUCCGAGAUGGCUCCCUGCCUCCAGACCACGUCUUCUAUGCCUAUGUGGGCAAGGCCCUCCAAAUUGCCACAGAAACCAACUGCAUCACGGAGUUUCUGCAGGAAAGCGAGAGCCAGCUGCGCAAAGUCAAGCUGAUGGAGAGGCAAGGUCUGCUCUAUGGGGUGCCUGUCAGCAUCAAAGACUCCAUCGACUGCCAGGGUCAUGAUUCCACGUUGGGCUUCAUAAAACACCUCAAUAAACCUGCAGCAGAGGACAGUGUGGUGGUGCAGGUGCUCAAGAGACAGGGGGCAAUUCCAUUUGUCAAAACCAAUGUUCCCCAGUCCCUCAUCAGCUAUGACUGCAAAAACUUAAUCUUUGGUCAGACCCGCAACCCUCUGCUGUACACCAGGAGCCCCGGAGGCUCCUCGGGUGGAGAAGGAGCACUUGUAGGAGGUGGUGGGUCCAUCCUGGGCAUUGGGACAGAUGUAGGAGGGAGCCUGCGUUUUCCUGCUGCCUUCUGCGGGAUCUGUGCAAUCAAACCCACAGGGAACAGGCUCAGCAAAAGAGGAGUAAUGUCUGGAAUCGUUGGGCAGAAGGCAGUGGCUGCAGCAGUGGGACCAAUGGCCAAGGACGUGGAGAGCCUGGCGCUGUGCCUGCGGGCGCUGCUGUGCGAGGACAUGUUCAGCCUGGACAGCACAGUGCCACCCCUGCCCUUCAACCAGGAGGUGUACUCCAGCACAGAGCCCCUCCGCAUAGGCUACUACGAGACGGAUUUCUUCACCAUGCCCAGCCCGGCCAUGCGGCGCGCUGUCCGUGAGACCAAGCAGCUCCUGGAGGAGGCUGGCCACACGCUGGUGCCCUUUGAACUCACAAAUGUGGACCACGUGGUCUUUAACUACUGUGUCAGGGGGAUGUUCACAGAUGGAGGCAGGUCCUUUGUCAAGAACUUCAAAGGGGAGUUGGAGAAAGGCAGCACUGCGCUGUUCCUCUGGCUGGCAAAGGCACCUCACUGGCUGAAAACCCUCCUCUGCUGGAUUUCCAAACCUUUCGUGCCUCGAUUUUCAAGUAUCAUAAGAAGUAUGGAAGAAAACACAGUGGAUGAAGUCUGGAAUCUUCAUCAAGAAAUUGAGGACUUUCGGCACCAGUUCAUUGCCCAGUGGAACAAGCUGAAUCUGGAUGUGAUGCUUUGUCCCAUGCUGGGCCCAGCUUUUGGCAUUGGCUACCCUGCAAAGCUCUCAGUGGCAGUCAGCUACACCAUGCUCUACAACGCCCUGGACUUCCCUGCCGGCGUUGUCCCCGUCACGCUGGUGACGGACGAGGACGAGGAGCAGCUGAAGGGCUACAGGGGGUACUACCAGGACUGGUGGGACCGCACCCUGCCCAAGGCUUUCCGCGGUGGCGUGGGGAUGCCCGUGGCCGUGCAGUGCGUGGCUCUGCCCUGGCAGGAGGAGCUGUGCCUGCGCUUCAUGAAGGAGGUGGAGACCCUCAGCCUGAAGAAGAACAGUUUCUUCUGAGCCCCCAGCUCCCAGCCCCAGCUGGAGCAGGAUCCCAGCUAACAGCAGCUGACCCACAGGACGCUGGUGCCACUCAGUGAUGCCUGGGCUGGCUGCUGGCUUUGGGAGCAAGGGGAAAGCUCUGAUGUGGUGGAGCUCUUCCAAUCAUUGUCCUAACACAGUAAUUUUUAUUAUCUGA